AUGUCUGUCCUGAGUCUUAUCUUCUUCGCUUCUCUUCCUUUCGCGGCCUUCGGAGCCCAGCGGCGCGCGACCCCAGAGUCGUUCCAAUUAUAUGCAUAUGGCGAUGGCCUUGGUGGGCUUCCCAUGUUUCAUGCAGAUGGAUACGCCUACGUUGGAAACCCAAGCUCUUCGAACAGCUCUAAUGCUGCAGAGGUCAUGUUCUCUCCUGGAUCCGACAACACGUGGUUUGGAAGCCCCAACACUACAAAUCUUGGCAAUGGAACUACUCCAAACUGGAGCAACGUGACAUUGUUCGUUCCCGGUCCUGGUUCAGUCGAUAGUCGGGUAGGAUUCCUCAAUGGUACGAAUUCAAGCACUAGCAAUGUCAUCACCUCAGGAUUCGUAUUCUACGGCUCAACGGCAAUGCUUCUCGGCGAUGAUGGCCUCGAGACAAUGUGGACAGGCCUAGCGGUGGGAAAUACAGGUGUGUUUGCAAUCUAUUGGAACGACACCUCGAGUGGCCAGGUCCCGAUCUCCAUGAGACGGGUCGCACCGUCGAACCCAUCGCGUCGUUGGAGUUAA